AUGGAUCUAUUAUGCGAGCCAGCAUCCCCAGCAACCCCUCCCCGAAAGACGCCGUAUGUUUGUGAUGAACUUUGGGAUGGAGGGCCGUUCAAAACUUAUCCAAUCCGGAAAGGCAAGGUCGGGCUGAUUCCUCCACAUCUCCGGCAUUUUCUAGGACCGGGUACCUUUCCUGAGCCAUACCAUGAAAUGCUCUAUCCCACGCCCAAAGAGGAGAUACAGCCGUUUCUGCAGACCUGGCUCUGGUUUGGGCUACUGGCUGAAAUGUUGGGUCUGAAUGAGAUCAGCACCGGUGUUCACCUUGUUGAAAGUACUGUUGCUGCUGAAGAGAUUCGCAAUCUAUAUGCAAGCACAGUCUAUAUUAGCCACGAUGAUAGCAAGCAGUAUAUCAGUGCCAAAGAGGUGCUAAACUCAGCCCAGGUUAUUGCGGAAAGACAAAAGUUUGCGCCUAAUCUACGAGAGAGGCUCAUAUACAUAUGCGACUGCCUUCGUUACACCAAUUUCAUGAUUCCUUCUGCCUUGAAUCUGGAUGAAACCGUGCGAUAUUCGAUAUGCGCCCUUGGAGAAUAUUUUUCCACUGGCUUAGCAAGUGUGGUGGGACAGUCAAAUCCCAAAAUCGAAGUCCCCAACUUAGCGUUCAGCUGGCAUCAAAAUUACAUGAAAUCAGGGGGCACCAUAGAGAAAGAGAUGCUUCAGAGGGGGUGGUGCCCGAGCGAGACGGAGAAGAUUCGAUCUCAGUUUCAAGGGUUGCAAACUAUGCACCACAUUUCACAGCUACAGAAGUCGAAUGCCAACCAAGAUCACUCAAGCUGUACGCGCCAUCUGUGCACAGCUUUCCAGAUGGACAUUGAGACCUAUCAACCCUCGCACAUGUCAGAUGACUGCAGUUGUCCUCUCCUAACUAUUGAUGAAAGAGCAACCUCUCUCAUUCUUCACAGCACUGAUACUUAUCCUAUCCUCCGCUUUGAUCAAAUAGAAGACGAGUUGGACAGCUUCGAGCUGGUGGUUGAACCAUAUGAGCCAGGCGUCCCCUAUGUUGCGCUCUCGCACGUCUGGGCCAAUGGACUGGGAAAUCCAAGGGCAAACUCUCUUCCAAGGUGCCAAGUAAAACGAGUAGCUCAAUUAAUAGCAUCGCUGCAAGAUCAAGUAAAAGUGGGACAAACAGAGUACAAGACUCAAUACCGAAUCUGGAUUGACACUCUUUGCUGCCCUAUUGAGCUUGAAGGUAAAUUGAUUGCACUUGAAAGGAUUGCUGGUGUGUAUAGAAAUGCAGCUCAUGUCCUUGUGUUGGAUGCUACGUUGACUGGAUUAAAUUCUCAAGACACGCAUAGUGCUGAGUUAUUAUUGCGGAUAUAUUGUGCCUCCCCUUGGAUGAGACGGCUAUGGACCCUUCAAGAGGGUACGCUCCCAAGGAGUCUAUUCAUACAAUUCGCGGAUAAUGCAGUCAGAGGCUUCGAUUUGCUUGUUCAGCUUUUUGCCGCUGGUAAAAGUGAUCCGCGAUAUAUGCGGAUAUGGCAAGAUGUAAUAAAUGCAUAUAAUGAACUUCAAGGCUUUCGUUCCGAGAAUGGAGAAGCGGAGGCUGCUAGACCGCAACUCCUCACUCUUCAACGAGCAUUGCAGUUCCGCACAGUAUCAGUAGUGUCUGAUGAACCACUCUGUAUCUCUACUUUGAUGUCUCUUGAUACGAAGUACAUUGCUGCUACCUCCGACGCCGAAUCUCGAAUGAUUCGCACCUGGGAACUCCUGAGCAAGUUACAUGGCGGCCUUCCACCGCGGCUCAUAUUUUAUGCAGACGAAGUGUUGAGCACACAUGGAUGGCGAUGGGCUCCUCGUAGUCUACUGGGAUCGUCUGUCAAAGACUCAACGAUAGGGUUCGACGAGCGCAUGCUGCGUCUUGUUUGUGCCCCCGAUACCCUAGGUAUUCCGACACCUCUAGGUUUGAAAGUGGCCUUCCCAGGAUGUCGUCUUGUUCCUCACCCGCUAGCUGCUGAUCUCUCAUUACAUCCAUGGCCUGGAGCAAUUAAUGCCUCGGAAGAUCAGAUCAUCAUUCGUCACGAAGAAAGCGGCAAGUGGUACCGAAUAAAUGAUUGGUAUCGUAGCAAAAAGCUAUCAUCAUGGACUGAUGAUGAGAGGACAGCUUUUGAUAGAGAGCAAAAUGACCCUCUUUGCAGAGAAAUCGACUCUGGGAAAAGCGUCCUAAUCUACGAUGAAAGAUCAAGGAAUAAUAAUAUCUUAGUAGCGUGCAUGGCGCUCAUAGAAAAUAUUCCGGAAGACUUUGAACACAGCUCGAUUAAUUCGGAAGAACUCAACGCUGGCCUAAAAGUCCACAGAACAAGGACGGUUAUCAUGUCUCUUCUCAGUGAGGAAGAAGUACGAAUGAUGACAAUUUUUGGAGACUUGGCUUCUAUCGUGGCAGCAUAUCAGGAAACUUCUAACCUAUUGGCGAUCACGGAUCGUGAUAGUGAAGAGUGGAACAAUUGCAUGAGCAAGAUCAAAACGAAGAUGAGAGAAGUGGUAGCAGAAGCCUUAGGUUCCAACCCAGAGCUGGUUGAGACUAUCAAGAAUACCAUUGGCGCCGACGUGGAUGAGUAUAUGUGGGCAUACAUUCCCAAAAUCUUUUCCCACACUAUUACCAUGGAAGAAACAUCGAGCGAGCAGAUUUGGUUUGUUGAUUAG